UUUAUUACACAGGUGAGCUCAUCGAACUGUGCUAACAAGAGGAAGGGCAGAGAGCAGGACGAAAUGACGGCCACGAAAGACAUGGAGGAUUUUUUCAAAACGGUGGGGGAGGUGAGAGGCCUCAUUGAAAAAAUCUCCUGUCAAGCAGAGGAUGUGGAGAGAAGACAAGCUGCCAUCCUUGCUUUUCCGAGUCAAGACAAGAGAAACAAAGAUGAGCUGGAGUUGCUGAACAAUGAGACCAAGAAGAAUGCUAAGUUAAUCAAAGCAAGGCUAAAAUCAAUGCAGAAGCCUGGGGAUGAGACCGGAGCUACAGUAGCCCAACGUAUUAGGAAUAACCAGCACUCGUACUUGACUCGGUGGUUUGCUGAAGUCAUGAAGGGUUACCAUGAGGCACAAAUUUCCUUCAGAGAAAAAUGCAAGGCAAAAAUUCAGAGACAGCUGGAGAUUGUGAAUAAAAGCACUACAGGUAAAGAGUUGGAGGAGAUGUUGGAACGUGACAAUCUUGCCAUCUUCAUAUCUGAUAUCACCUCUGACAGUCAGAUUUCCAGCCAGGCUUUGACUGAGAUUGAACUUCGCCAUCAGGAAAUCCUCUGCCUCGAGUCCAGCAUUAAAGAUCUGCACGAGAUAUUUGUUGACACUGCCAUGAUGCUGGAACUCCAGGGCGAGUUAAUCAACAACAUAGAAAGAAAUGUCACAACUGCUGCAGAGUAUGUAGACAGAUCAAAGGAAGAAACAAGCAGAGCUGUUGACUACAAGAAGAAUCCUUAUAAGAUAACAUUUCUGCCGAACUUCAUGAAGUCCCUCAAGAAAAAUAGUGCCCCUGAUCCUGUGUGAACAGUGACUACACCAAAUGUCCUGGUGUGCAUUGAAGUCAGUUUUAUCUGAUUUAUGUUGCCUGUGUGCCCCUCAGGCUCCUUUCUAAAGGAUUUUGAUGACGCUGUUGUUUUAUUAAUGAAAAUAAUUCAUUUGAUAAUAGUAAAACGAUUCUGUGGACAAGGCAGCAGCUUCCUAACACCACGUUCAGUCAGUGUAUUUAGAUUCCUAGUCCUCAGGGUUUACGUUGUAGAAAUGGCAAAACAGCCCCUUUUAUGUUUUCCUUCAGUCUCUUAUUUAGCCAGUAGGUGUCAUGACAACACUACAGUGUUCCUUCUCUAUUUGCUGCCCUUUAAAACUAUGGUGCUGCAUAUUGUGUUGUUUUGUUUUUUUAAUGUUUGUUUUUUAAUGGUUUAAUAUAGCACUGUGUUAAAGUGAGAAAAAAUGUCUGUAAACUGACCACGCCGAUCUCAAAAUAAACCUGUGAGGAAUG